AACUACUGAGAGUGAUCAAAGCAGAGAUAAGAAAAAGGCUUCAACUUGAGCAUAGAUAACCAACAUGGCUACGAGAAAGUCAAGCUUUUUCGUGGCCUUCUUGAUCUUGCUUGUCGCUAUGGUAGCCACCGUUGCCCAAUCUCAAGGGAAUGGUAACGGUAAGAAGUUCCCGUAUGAUGCUGCCUCAGCAAAUUAUAGGGUGUUGUCACCUCAUCCGUCCGGACAAGAACGAGCUUUCUGCUUAGCAAGGGGAUCGUGUCACUUCAAGACCCUUAUAUGUCCAUCUGAGUGUAAGAAAAGGAAGCCGAAGAGGAACAGGAAGGAAAAGGGAUGCUUCUUGGACUGCAGCAGCAAGUGUGAAGCCACUUGCAAGUUUAGAAAAGCGAACUGCGAUGGGUAUGGUGCCGUCUGUUACGAUCCUCGCUUCGUUGGUGGUGACGGUGUGAUGUUCUACUUCCACGGAGCUAAAGGAGGAAACUUUGCAAUGGUCUCCGACGAUAACCUUCAAAUCAAUGCACAUUUUAUCGGAACUCGCCCCCAAGGAAGGACUCGUGACUUCACAUGGGUCCAGGCCCUGGCUGUGAUGUUUGACACUCACACUCUCGUAAUCGCAGCCAGCAGAGUAUCACACUGGGAUGACAAAGUGGAUUCUCUCACACUACAAUGGGAUGGCGAAGCAGUCAUGAUCCCCACCGAUGGAGAGGCUGAAUGGAGGGCGAAUAAGGAAGAGAGAGAAGUCAUCGUGGAAAGAACUGAUGAUGCGAAUAGUGUGAGAGUGACAGUUUCAGGAUUGUUGGAAAUGGACAUUAAAGUGAGACCAAUCGAGGAGGAAGAAAACAGGGUUCACAACUAUCGGUUGCCAGAAGGCGAUGCUUUCGCUCACCUGGAGACACAGUUCAAGUUCAAGAACCUGACAGAUAUGGUGGAAGGGGUACUGGGGAAGACAUACAGGCCAAACUAUGAGAGCCCAGUGAAGAGAGGUGUUCCAAUGCCAGUCUUGGGUGGGGAAGAUAGGUACAGAACUCCAUCUCUGUUUUCGGCUUCAUGCAUGGAUUGCAGGUUCCGAGGCCUAUCUGAGAUUGGCGUCAGUGAAGGAGCCGUUGACUUCUAAAUCUGAUGGCGUCAAUGUUGGGAAAUAACAUGUACUAUUAUUCUUUGCCGUGCCAUUUUGAUGUGCUUUGGGUAUACAAGUUAUAGCCAAGAUAAAUAAGGGCCUACAUGCUGAAGCCCAUGAUCAUCAAUUUUCUUGAAUUUUGAUGUUGUUGUGACCCCAUUUAUGUUACACAUG